CUCUUCUUCCCUCCAUCAUCCUACACUCCUGCUCUCGCAAUCAGCAUGUCUUCCAAGAUACAGAAGGUCAUUGCACGGCAAAAGACAAAAAUCGAGGAAGGCGAGUUCUACGAGGCGCAUCAGCAAAUCCGCACCAUCGCGAACCGCUACGUCAAAUCGAGCGACUGGACGUCCGCCACCGACCUCCUCACAUCGGGCGCGUCCCUCCUCCUCAAGGCUGGCCAGGGCGGCUCCGGCGCGGACUUGUGCAACUACCUCAUCGAAGUCUACCAGAAAGCCGACUUCCCCCAGAACAUCGAGAACAAGGCCCGCCUGCUCGCCCUCCUCCGAGCCUUCCCACCCAAUGAGCCGGCAAAGAAGAAGUUCGUCGCGGGAAUUGUAGAGUGGUCUGCAAAGAGCGGCGAGUUUCCCACCGGUGAUCCCGAGCUACACCAUGUCAUCGGCACGCUGUUUGCGGAGGAAGGCGAGGUAUACGAUGCCGAGAAGCACCUCACGCUGGGCACCUCCGACUCGGCCGGUGUGUUCAGCGACAUGGAAUAUGAGUGGUAUGCGUCGGACGAGCCUUCCACCGCCUCCCACUACGCUGCGCGAGCCGUCUUUCCCUACCUGCUCAUCGGCAACGUGCGUGCCGCCAACAAGAGCCUGCUGCUCUUCACCAGCAAGCUCUCCUCCCUCCAUCCCGGCUUAGGCGUACAGAGCAUCUCCUCGCCGUCUUCCGAUAUCCGCAUCUACCCCUCUCUGCCACUCCUCAACUUCCUAGGCCUCCUGCUCCUCGCCGUGCAAAGGGGGAACUCCGAUCUUUUCAAGCAGCUCAAGUCGCACUACGCAACACAUCUCAAGGAAACAUCAUGGGAUGAGGCGUUGCAGCAGAUCGGCGAGAUGUACUUCGGCAUCAAGAUUCCGAGCCAGAGCAAUCCGAUGUUUGAUAUGAUGAGCAGCAUGCUGAUGGGCGGGAACAAUCCGUUUGCAGCGAAGAAGAAGGAGCCCAAGACCGUCGCAGCCGCGUCGCAGCAGCAGCAGCAGCAGCCGCCGCCGCCGCCUCCGGCACCCGCGGUGGACUGACGAGUUAGCUUACGUCUUAAUAGCAACUGCAUUGAUGACCUUUCAUGCUCCAGUCGUUCCGCGAGCUUGUAGUGCGCUGCACCAGCCUGUACUUUCUCGAACCGGUUGUUGCCCUGGGACCAAUCUCGUAAUUUUGGAAUCACCAGGCUGGCUUACCGGCAAGACCGGAUCUGUGGAAUCAUGAC